UACAGGAAAAUCAAAAUGUCAGAGUCGAGUUCAAGCUCAGAGGAGAUUAAUAAUUUGUUACCAACGCGGUCUUUGGAUGCCGAGAAAAGUCAUCCGUUACACAAUGAUGAUAAAACAGCGGAAUUAGAUGUGUCUGAAUCCAUCAUUUCUGAUGUUGAUGGCUAUCAGACUGAAGGUGGUUCUGCAAUAUCAUCAAUGACGUCACUUGUUGAAGUGCCAGUAACCAAGUCUCAUUCUUUAGAGAUAUUUGCAGCUGAAUCAUCCUCCAGGAUGCGUCGACACAUGAGUGUAUCACUAGGAGAAAUAAGAAGACUGAAAUUAAAGCCUGCAGUGCGAGCACAUUUUACUGACAGUCACAUUGAUCAAAAGGGUUUGGCAUUGAUCUACUCGCGGUAUGAGAAAGUUCCAUUUAAAGACUUUAGCAAUGAGGUUCGUGCUAUUUGGGAUGUCCAGCAAUUCAUCAAACAGACUGCUUUGCUUCUCCAUAUAGAUGAAACCAAUUUGGAUAAAAUUAUUCAUGCAAUUCUAAAGAAGAUGUUGGGCCAUUUGAACAAUUAUUCACAGUGCAUGACGCAGGCUAAAAAACGUCUCUUCACAGUUGACAAUGUGCACCAGCUGAGUCGCACAUUGCAGUGUUCCACCAUAGAUAGAAGUGGAGGAGGUUUUGUUUAUGGACAGAACUUUGUAUGUGCCUUAGCCAGUAUAUUAUAUAUUCAGAGACGUUUUGUUGGAAUUGGGCGUCUGAAUCAUCCAGUUAAUUUAGGCCAAACAUGUCAAGAAGUGUCAUUUGUUAUUGUGAUUCUCGCUCCAAUCAAAGAGAAAGGUAUAAACAGUGAGCUCGAGAUUGGUCGAACAUUUGCAACAAUGUUGUCCAGUGUAGACUUUCGACAAGCUCUUUUGGAUUCUCCAGGUGAAAAGGAAUUUUUGGAUGAACUGGAAAGACAGAUGCAUAUUCUAUCCAAGUAUCAUCGAACAAGCGAGGAUUCUGUCCGAAAUUUUGACAAAUGUUUUAAUGCAAAGAAUAUAACAUAUCAUCCUUUCGUAGGACUAAGUGGAGAUUUCAAAAGGCGAAUUGUUCAUUACAAGUCAGACUAUCUGGAUGGCAUUUCUGACAUGAAGACUAUUCAAAAGGUCAUAUCUACGACAUUUUUCCUUUACUUUGCCUGUCUGCUGCCAUCCAUUGCCUUUGGAGUGCUCAAUGCUUUCAAUACCAACAACAUACUCACUGUUGAAAAGGUUCUGUUUACACAGACAUUUGGCGGUCUGAUAUUUGCCUUUUUUGGUGGAACCCCUCAGGUUGUGUUACUCACCACCGCACCUCUUGCUCUGUUCACAAAAAUUAUCUUCAGUAUCUGUGAAGAUUAUCAAAUGCAGUUUAAGUCCAUGUACUGCUGUGUUGGACUCUGGAAUGCCUUCUUUCUGGUGUUAUAUGGAAUUUUUAACGUCAGUAAUUUCAUGAAGUAUUCAACCAGAUCAACAGAAGAACUAUUUUCUUUGUUUAUUGCAACUGCCUUUGCUCAUGGUGCAUUUAAGGAUUCUUUUUCCAACUUUAAUGACAACUACCAUGACCCUGCCUGCAAACGACCUGAUGCCCCCAAUGAAGUGCACUUGACAACACUGUCGACUAGGACAGCUGCGGUCACAUCUGCAGUCACAUCUGAGGUCACAUCGGCACUUACUGACAACAUCUCUGUGUACACAAUACAGAUGCCAAACGUCGAAAGGUGUCAUCGCGAUGUCAGCAUGCUCUACCUUGUGCUUCUGUUUGGAACUGUGAUGCUUGGGGUGAUGCUUUUCCGAAUUAGAAAGACGCCGUAUCUGACUGCAGGAAAGAGAGAGAUAUUUUCAGACUACUCAUUGCCAAUAUCUGUUAUUAUAAUGUCCAUCAUUGGUUCAUAUUUCUUCAGUGAUGUCAGAAUGGGUGAAAGUUUCAACUCUGAUGCAGAUCCAGACCUGUUUCAAUUGGUCACCAUGGACGAUCUUUCCUUUGGAGCAGUAUUCGCAGCUAUGGCACUCGGAUUUUGUUUGUCCUGGCUCUUCUACAUGGGUCAAAACAUAUGCGCUAAAUUUGUGAACAAUCCUAAUAACAGAAUGAAGAAAGGCACUGCAGACCACUGGGACCUGACAGUUAUUGCUUUAGUGAAUGUCGUUCUGUCAUUAUACACUUUUCCCUGGUUGCAUGCAGCUUUACCGCAUUCUCCAAUGCAUGUGUAUGCUCUCGCUGACAUGGAGGAACGAGUGCAACAAGGAAAUAUACAACGGAAUGUUGUGAGAGUGAGAGAGACACGACUGACUGGGAUUUUCUCUAAUGCUUUGAUUGGUCUCAGUUUACUGUUCAUGCCCAUAUUGGCCAAAAUUCCAACCCCUGUUUUAUAUGGCGUCUUUCUCUACCUGGCUGUUACAGCCCUGUUCACAAACCAGAUAGUGGAACGAAUCGCAUUGCUCUUCAUGGAGCAGGGUGCAUAUCCACCAAACCACUACAUCCGGCGAGUGCCACAGUUGAAGAUUCAUAUGUUCACAUUGAUACAGAUUGUGCAGUACAUAGUACUCUGUCUUGUGGGAUUUUUUGGAAUUUCCUAUGUGAAAAUGUUCUUUCCUGUUCUCAUUUUCCUUCUCAUUCCCAUCAGACACAAAGUCCUGACAAAGUUAUUCAGUCGAAAAUAUCUCAGAGCCAUAGAUGGACACUAGCAGUUUAGUUUCAGACCCUCAACUUUGGGAAUAGAACUUUUAAGUCAAUGUAUUGAAUACCCGGUAGAGAAGAUUUUGUACAUGUUUGUAAUAAUGUAAAUUAUGUAUUCAUAUGUAGUUAUAUAUGGUAGAACAUUCAGUUCACUUUCUUUCUGAAGCUGAUUUGAUGCAAUAUUGUGUCAAGUAAAGGCACUAUUCCAAGUUUGGUACAUUGUAACAUGUUUAUGACUACGAUAACCAAUCCUUUUUUCAUGACUUAAAUUACAUAUUAAAGAUAUUUUCCUGUUUAGAAUAUCAGUAUCUGUAUGAACAAGGUGUUUGUUGCAGUCCACUGGUAUUGGUGGCACAGUGGUUAAGCCAUCGGACUGCAGGAUGGUAGGUAGAAUGUUUGCAGCCGGGUACCGGCUCCAUCCCAGAGCGAGUUCUUAAGGCCACUACACCCUCUUCUCUCUCACUAAGCACUAACAAAAAAAUAACUAAUCCAUCGUCCUGCACAGACAGCCCAGAUAGCUGAGGUGUUUGUCCAAGACAGCGUGC